CAGAGGUUCCACCCAGGUGGAAGCCAGCCGCAGAGCCUAGCAGUUGUUCUACAAGCUCAGUUGGCUAAACUUUUCGUUGGAGAAAGGCUGAACGGGAGGGCUAGGAUGCCGAUAGCCUCAGCCAUUAGGAGGCUAUUUGGCCUCAGUAGUAGGGGCCGGGUGCCCUCAGACCCCUCAGGCCUAGAAGGCAGUUGUGGGGAUCCGCAGCACAGAGCCCGCCCCAAGGCCGUGGGCAAGCUACACAAGGCCGCCAGUGUGGGCGACACGGUGAAAGUGGAGCAGCGCCUCAUGCUGAGGAAAAGUGGUGUCAAUGACAGAGACAAGAAGCACAGGACUGCUUUGCAUUUUGCCUGUGUCUAUGGCCAUCCAGAAGUGGUGACUCUUCUGGUGGAGAAAAAAUGUGACAUCGACGCCCAUGAUAGGGAAAACAGUACUGCCCUGAUUAAGGCUGUACAAUACCACCAGGAAGAGUGUGCAACUAUUCUCUUGGAACAGGGUGCCAAUCCGAAUGUUUCAGAUGCCAGCGGCAACACUGCUCUCCACUAUGCAGUCUAUUAUGAAAACUCAUCGAUAGUGGCUAAACUGCUUUCACACCAUGCAGAUACUGAGGCCAAAAAUAAGGAUGACCUCACACCAAAUUUGCUUGCUGUAAGGGAAAACAAGCAGCAAGUGGCAGAACUGCUUAUAAAGAAGAAAGAAAAUACUCAUGCUCUGGAUGAGCCAGGAAGGUAUAGUUGUUCUUUUAUAAAAAUAAGACUUUAGUGGUGUUCUAGAGUAGUAAAAAGUCCAAUAGUUUACAGUCAAAUAAAUCAAUAGGAAAAAGGCUGAGUUACAAUUGUUGGGAUAAAAUGAAAGCUAUCAACACAAACCAUCAGAAAGCAAUUAUUUGGAUUGGACAGCACAAAGAACACU